CCCGCGAUGGCACCGAAGAAGAAAGAAGAGCCGAAACCUGCAGCAGCACCAGCAGCCCCCACACCCCUAGAGCCAGAGCGGCCUAAGACCCCGGAGUUUGACCCUACUACAGUGACGCUGGAAUUCACCCCCGAGCAAAUUGAAGACUUCAAAGAUUCCUUCCAGCUGUUUGACAGGACACCAGCCAAUGAGAUGAAAAUCACCUACGCGCAGUGUGGUGAUCUCAUCAGGGCUUUGGGCCAGAAUCCUACCAACACAGAGCUCAUGCAUGUGCUUGGAAAGCCAAAGCCUGAAGACAUGCAGACCAAGAUGCUUGACUUUGACCAGUUUCUGCCCAUGCACCAAUAUAUUUGCAAGGCCAAGGACUGUGGAACAUAUGAGGACUUUGUGGAGGGUCUGAGGGUAUUUGACAAGGAGGGGAAUGGCACAGUCAUGGGAGCUGAGCUCAGGCAUGUUCUGGCAACACUGGGGGAGAAGAUGAGGGAGGCUGAGGUGGAUCAGCUGAUGCAAAACCAGGAGGAUGCUAAUGGAUGCAUCAAUUAUGAAGCUUUUGUGAAACACAUUAUGGCAUCUUAAAAAGGGUACAAGUGUAUUUUAACCUCGUUGUUAUUCUGGGGCUUAGUUAUGCCGCAUUAUGAAAUCAUUAUAAGUGAGUAAUGAGUUUGUCAAGACCCUGUCUCCUUGACCGCAGAAGAUCUUUAUGUUUCUGUUAAUCCCAUCUUGUAUAUUUUUAAUUUACAUGCAUCUCGGAUGGAUAUAUAACUCAUGAAUAUUUCACCUUGUUUUUCUUGUGUAGAUGCUGUGCACACAUUGCACC